AGAGUGUGACACCGGCGGAAGUAAACAAUGCAAGGGCGCUAGCAACGUUAGCUUAAUGGAUGUUUUUGAAGGCUGUUGUGUUGUUGUGUCGCAGGUAAUAUUUCACUAGUUUAGGUAAUAAUGUCUUCAGUUCUGCAUUUAGGAGAUUUUAUAGACGAGACACAAACUGCUGAAGAAAAAGUGACAGAAUUUCAGAAAACCAUCGUCCAGCACAAAGAAGAGAUGGAUCAUCAGCGCAGACUGAUGGAUAUCAUCUGGAAACCACAGAUAAAGCUCCACAGAGUAGACCUGUCACAGUAUUUUGUCUGUAAGGAGGACACGGUUGACCAGCAGCUCUGUAGCAGCAAGACCAAUUCCAGUCUGGACCAGGAGGACCCAGAUCUUCCACGGAUUAAAGAGGAACAAGAAGAACUCUGCAUCAGUAUGAACCAGGAGGACCCAGAGCCUCCACAGAUUAAAGGGGAACAGGAGGAACCCUGCAACAGUCUUGACAAAGAGGAUCAAGAGUCUCCUCAGAUUAAAGAGGAACAGGAGGAACCCUGCAACAGUCUUGACAAAGAAGAUCAAGAGUCUCCUCAGAUUAAAGAGGAACAGAAAGAACUCUGUGCUAGUUUGGAUCAGGAGGAUCCAGAGCCUCCACAGAUUAAAAUGGAACAGGAGGAACUUUACACCAGUCAGAAAGGAGAGCUGCUUGUUGUAAAGCUGGAGACUGAUACCUUUAUGGUGACUUCUACUAAUGAGAACAGUGACCACAGUAAACUAGAGCCAAACCAUGACGAGGUCCUUUCUCAUAACUGUUUUGUGACUGAGAGCCCAGAUCAGGAUGGAAAGAAGGAUGUAGAUUCAGAAUCAAGUGGAAAUGCAAAGCUGAAGCCAAAGAAGAAACAUCACAGUAACAAUGUAGACAAAUCUCAUUUGUCAGAGAGUCACAGUAAUAUUGAUAUAGUGAAAAAAUCGAUAAAAUGUUCUGUGUGUGAUGAAGCCUUUAUAGAUGAGUACCAAAUGCAGAAACAUCAGAGAAUUCACACCGGUGAGAAGAUGUAUAUUUGCAAAAUUUGUGAGAAAAGAUUUUACAAGGUAUCAUUGUUGAUAUAUCACCAACGAGUCCACACAGGUGAGAUGCCUUAUUCUUGCGAAACCUGUGGGAAAAGUUUUAGGGUUAGCUUUUACUUGAAGCGCCACAUGAAGACCCACACAGGUGAGAAGCCAUAUAUAUGUGACACCUGUGAGAAAAGAUUUAGUAACUCAUCAGGAUUGAAAAAGCAUAUGAUAAGCCACACAGGUGAGAAACCAUAUUCUUGCAAAACUUGUGGAAAACGUUUUGUUAGUAGCUCUUACCUUAAAAUUCAUAUACAAAAUCACACAGGGGAGAAGCUGUACCCUUGCAAAACAUGUGGGAAAGUCUUCAGUUGUAGCUAUCACCUGAAAAUCCACUUUCGAAUCCACACAGGUGAGAAGCCAUAUUCUUGCAAAACAUGUGGUAAAAGUUUCAGAUUAAGUGAUACGUUGUUGCACCACAUGAGAACCCACACAGGUGAGCGACCAUACCCCUGCAACACUUGUGGAAAAUUGUUUAAAGAUACCUCAACACUGAAAAUACACAUAAGAUCUCACACAGGUGAGAAACCUUAUACCUGCAGCGUCUGUGGAAAACAGUUUAAAUCUGUGUCACCACUGACACAACACCUGAGAACUCAUACAGGUGAGAGGCCGUAUUUUUGUGAAACAUGCGGGAAAAGCUUCAUUCAACGCAGCCAUAUGUUGCGCCACAUGACAGUUCACACAGAUGAGAAGACAUAGUCCUGAAAAAAAUAAUCUGGGAACCUUGAAAAAACAUGUAAGAAUUCAUACAGGUUAACUACAAAUCUAAGUGUAUCUGUUAGCAAGUUGUAAAGUGUAUUUAGCAAUUCACAGCAGUGACUUCCAACCUUAUUGUUUCUUUUAUUACAGUCAAGUGCCUCAUGUACAUCAAAAGACGUUAAGAAAUGUAAAUUUUCAUUGUCUAAUAAAAGCUCACUACUGCUA